AUGUGGAACACUGCUUUGCCUGCUGUGCUGAGCUGUGACGAAUGUUGUCGCUUGUGGCGGGGCGCGGCCCUGGUUACCGAUACUUCGGCGCGGCGAAGAAGCUUCCCGGCGUCAAGGAGCUUGUUUCUGGGUAGUUUCCUCUCUGUGUCCUGUGCCCAAAUGAAUGAGAUUGUUUCUGCUUUAGAAACUAGUGGUGUUCGUUAUUUGUGGGUGGUUCGUGGAGAAGUUUCCUGGCUAAAAGAGAAAUGUGGGGAUAGGGAGCCUUGGUGUGACCAAUUGAAGGUUUUGUCACAUCCUUCUGUAGGUGGAUUUUGGACCCAUUGUGGGUGGAAUUCCACUCUGGAAGUUGUUUUUGCUGGUAUUCCAAUGCUGACAUUCCCUCUUUUCUUGGACCAAGUUCCAAACAGUAGACAAAUUUUGGAAGUGUGGAAGAAUGGGUGGGAGUUGAAAAGAUCAGUGUUGGGCAGUGAAGAAUUGAUAUCAGAAAAAGAAAUAUUGGAAGUGAUUGGAGAGUUUAUGGAUGUUGAAAAGGGUAAAGAACUUCGAGAGAGGGUCCUUGAACUUAAGGGUAUAUGUGACCAAGCAGUCGCUGAAGGUUGAUCCUCCAAUAUGAACCUCAAUGCACUUAUAAAAGAUGUUUUGUGUGUUCAAGGUCAUUCAGCUUCAAAGGAGGGCUAGUUCCUCAGUGUGACAACUAUAAAAUAGGCUGAUAAAAACUAGAAAGAAAUUUCAUAGAUAAAAUAAUCUUGUUAUUUUAUUUUUGGUUCAUGUGA